GGAACAUAAACAAUAGUACUCACCAUAUCAUGAUUCUGGGACAUUCCUGUUCCAAUUCCGUCCACGACACCAUUUUGGCGCAAAAACAUCAUUCUCCUUCCUUUUGAUUUCCACCCUUAAAACUGAAUAAAUAAAUCAACCCAUCAUCAUAAUUCAUACUACUAUUUUCUCAAUUUCCCAAUUCCCAAUUCCCAAUUCCCAAUUCCCAGUUCCCAAUUCCCAAUUUCUAGAUCCUAAAUCCUAAACCAUGCCCAUUUCUCUUCACCUUCAAUUUCCAUUCUUUGUCUCAUCGGAAUUCCGCCGCCAUCGCUCAAUCUUAAUCCCCAAACUAUCUCUUCCUCUUCGACCUCUCCUUCCUUCCGCCAAUUUUAGGGUUUUUACUUCCAAUUUGGGGAAAUUACAUACUCAAAAUAGUAAACUUUGUUGUUUCUGUAAAACUAAUUUGCAGGUCGAUAAGGUUGAUGCUGUGGAAGUGAUUGAUCGUCCCCCUUUUGAUAUUAAUCUUGCUGUCAUUUUAGCUGGUUUUGCUUUCGAAGCUUAUACUACUCCUCCUGAUAAUGUCGGACGACGAGAAGUGGAUGCUGCGGGUUGUAUGACGGUUUAUCUUUCUGAAUCAUUUGUUCGAGAAAUUUAUGAUGGACAAAUGUGCAUACAGUUGAAGAAAGGCUUUGAUUUCCCAGCCAUGGAUCCAUGGGGAACAAGUGAUCCAUAUGUUGUGAUAGAGUAUGAUGGUCAAGUUGUCAAGAGCAAAACAAAAUGGGGGACAAAAGAUCCUACAUGGAAUGAGGAGUUCAAUAUCAAUAUAAAGCUGCCACCCAAUGCAAUGCUUCAGGUGGCAGCUUGGGAUGCAAAUCUUGUCACACCACAUAAGCGCAUGGGAAAUGCAGGCUUUGACUUGAAUGCCUUAUGUGAUGGAGAUGCACAUGAGUUGCUGGUGGAAUUGGAAGGCAUGGGAGGUGGUGGAAAGUUACAAUUUGAGGUCAAAUAUAGGAGUUUUGGAGAAAUUGACGAAGAUAGAAAAUGGUGGAAGAUACCCUUUGUUUCUGAAUUCUUUAGCAAUAAUGGAUUUGAUUCUGCUGUGAAAAUGCUUUCUGGAUCUGAAAGUGUGCCUGUUAGCGAAUUUGUGCAAAACACCUUCAGUCAGUUAAAAUCAUUAAAUGAUUCAUAUCUUCAAAAAGAUCAGCGUCCUAGUACAAUUAAGCUUGAGAUAGAUGAUGGGUUUAAUGACUCUUCGGUGGAUUCUGAUGCAUCAUUGUCAACAAUCAACUCCUCAGAAGGAUCCUCGAAUGAUCCAAAACUUAAUGAGGGAAUUGAUGAAAAUGAAUGUUCAUCAAAUGACACGAGUGACACUACACAAUCAAACAUGCAAUUUUGGAAGAGCUUUGCUGAUGUUAUCAGUCAAAAUCUGGUUCAGAAAUUGGGGAUCCCCGUUCCCGAGAAAAUGAAGUGGGAUGCUUUUGACGUGAUAAAAAAUAUUGGUUUUCAGUCACAGCAGGUGGCAGAAGCUGGGUAUAUAGAAUCAGGACUUGCCACUCCAGAAAAGGACCCUAACAAUGAUAGUGCUGCAGAACCUAGCCCCCUUAACAUCAGCAAACUUCAGUCUACACUUCCUGAUCUUAAGAAGGUGACUGAGGACAUACUGAAGCAAACUGAUUAUUUUGGCUUUCAGUCACAGUGGGUGGCAGAAGAUGGUAAUAUUGAACCUGAAGUUGCAAUGCCAGAAAAGGAACCCAACAAUAAUAGUGGUACAGAAUCUAGCUCCCUUAGCAUCAGCAAAAUUCAGGUUUCACUUCCUGAUAUCAGGAAAGCAACUGAUGACAUAUUGAAACAAACGGAUUCUAUUUUCAGUGCUCUGAUGGUUCUAUCUGCGGCUGGUUCUCAAUCAAAGAAGGAAUCCCUGAAUGGUGAACAUUCUGAUAACAUAGAAGACAGUUCAUCAAAAGAUGAUGGUGAUGUUGUUACAUAUAUGAGGAGUGAUGAACUUGCUGAAUUGAAUGAAACAAGAGCUCAAGAGAUGAGAGCCCUUUUUUCAACUGCUGAAAGCGCCAUGGAGGCUUGGGCUAUGCUUGCCUCUGCAUUGGGAAAGCCAAGUUUAAUUAGAUCGGAGUUUGAGAAGAUAUGUUUCUUGGAUAAUUCGACUACAGAUACUCAGGUAGCAAUUUGGCGGGAUUCCACAAGAAAGCGAUUAGUUGUUGCAUUCAGGGGCACUGAACAAUCAAGAUGGAAGGAUUUGCGGACGGAUUUGAUGCUAGCUCCUGCUGGAUUAAAUCCUGAGAGAAUUGGUGGAGACUUCAAGGAAGAAGUUCAAGUUCACAGUGGUUUUUUGAGUGCAUAUGAUUCCGUAAGGACAAGGAUUAUGUCUCUAAUCAAGAAAGCUAUUGAUUUCAUAGAUGAUGCAGAACAGUCACACCCGAAAUGGCAAAUUUAUUGCACUGGCCAUAGCCUUGGUGGUGCAUUGGCAACAUUGCUUGCGCUUGAGCUUUCUUCAACGCAGCUAGCAAAGAGUGGAGCUAUAUCUGUGACUAUGUAUAACUUUGGAUCGCCUAGAGUUGGAAAUAAGAGAUUUGCUCAAGUUUACAAUGAGAGAGUGAGAGAUAGUUGGAGGGUAGUAAAUCACAGAGAUAUCAUACCAACGGUACCUCGCUUGAUGGGUUACUGUCAUGUAGCCCAGCCUGUUUAUCUUGCUGCUGGAACCCAGGGGAGUUCUCAAGAAAAUGUCAAGCUUUCUGAAGAUGGCUAUCAAGGAGAUGUGAUUGGAGAAGCAACUCCUGAUGUCUUGGUCAAUGAAUUUAUGAAAGGUGAGAAAGAACUAGUAGACAGAAUUCUACAGACAGAGAUAAAUAUUUUUCGUGCCAUUAGAGAUGGGACCGCAUUGAUGCAACAUAUGGAGGAUUUUUACUAUAUCUCACUUUUGGAGAAUGUGAAGUCAAACUAUCAGACUGCCACUGUGCCGCUAAACAGUAAAGGAGGCGACUUAUCUGUCAAUUGAAAUUGCAAACUUCUAAUGGACAUUGAUCCCUUAUCGUAGACACGGAGGAGCAAAACAGUCAAUAUUAUGUGACUAAAACUGAUCAAAAUAUUGUGUGGGGUGAUUGGCAUUAUCUUCGACAACAAAAUCAUAUAAAAUGGCAUUGGACCCUGAUAGCAGCAGCUGCCAAGAUAAGACGAGCUAUCAUUCAGCUGGUCCCAAACAAUCGGUGUGUGGAUGAUAUCCUUCUUUUGCCAUUCGAUUUGGAGAAGUGCACACGGUUGUUCAUCUUUAUCCUCCUCAUUCUAUUGUGUACAUGACCUUAUUGAUGUAUAUACGUUUUAUUUCUCCAAAGUCCAAACUGAUAAUGUUUGUACCGAACAUGAGUGUGAAUACCUAUAUAUCUGAUUAUUUAGUUGCUUAUAACUCUUCCCUCAA